AUGGCGGAGGCGGCUGCCCACUCCUCCAACUCGGCCGUCGACGGUGGCGGCGGUAGCGUUCAAAACGAUUAUCCCACCAUUGACCCGACCUCGUUCGACGUGGUGCUCUGCGGCACGGGCCUCCCGGAGUCUGUCCUCGCCGCCGCCUGCGCCGCCGCUGGGAAGACGGUCCUCCACGUCGAUCCCAGCCCGUUCUACGGCUCCCUCUACUCUUCCAUCCCACUCUCCUCCCUCGCCUCCUUCCUAUCCCCUGAGGCCUCCCCACCCACCUCGUCGCGGCGGCGGCCGCCGCCUCCGAUUCGCGUACCGUCGUCGUCGAUCUCCACCGACGGAGCGUUGGACCUCCUCCUGCGGUCGGGGGGCAGCCACCAUGUGGAGUUCAAGAGCGUGGAGGGGGGCAGCCUCCUCUACUGGGAGGGCUGCCUCUACCCAGUGCCAGACUCGAGGCAGGCCAUCUUCAAGGACACCACACUCAAGCUCAAGGAGAAGAACAUCCUCUUCAGGGUUGUGCUGUAUGCGAUUGCCAUGGCGGAUUAUGAUCAAGAUGGUGCUGACCCUUGUGAAAAAUUGAUUACAACGAGGGAGGGAAUCCAGACCAUUGCUUUGUACUCCUCGUCCAUUGGGAGGUUCGCUAAUGCAGAAGGCGCUUUCAUUUAUCCUAUGUAUGGGCAUGGUGAGCUGCCUCAGGCUUUCUGUCGCUGUGCUGCGGUUAAGGGCGCCCUAUAUGUGUUGCGGAUGCCAGUGGCUGCAGUUCUUAUGGAUGAGGAAAAGAAGCAUUUUGUAGGUGCCAGAUUGGCAUCUGGUCAGGAUAUUUUGUGCCAACAAUUGAUAUUCGACCAGUCUUAUAAGAUUCCUACCUUGGAUGUCCCAUUUGAUGGUUCAGAUUCUCACUUUCCAAGAAAAGUUGCAGAGAGGGUAUGCAUAAUUAGCAAGUCCGUGAAACAGGGAUCAUCAAAUGUUCUGGUUAUUUUCCCUCCAAAAUCACUAGAAGAGCAGCAGGUCACAGCUGUUCGACUUCUUCAGUUGAGCAGCAAUCUCGCAGUAUGUCCUCCUGGGAUGAAAAAAAUCAGGGAACAUCUUUAUUGUCAUGCCCCAUGCCUGAUGAAUACCUGGACUACAGAAAUGUACUGGGAUCAACAAAAAAGUUAUUCGCAAGUAUCUAUCCUGAUGAAGAGUUCUUACCUAAAAAGUCAGCUCCUGUAUAUGCCGAUGAUGACUCUGAUUCUGCAGAGUAAAACCAUCUUUCUAGAGGGAGCAAUGGUCUCAAAUUGCCGAGCGAAGCGCAGCAGCAUGGGGGCACCUGAUGACCGCAUGGUAGGCAUCUUCGGCCUGAGUUCCACACAGCUGACAUAUAUCCUGCUGCUCAAGAUGACGGUGCUUCUUAUUGACACGGGUAGGCAAACUAUUGUUGACAAUUUUCCAGAUAAAAACAUUAACCUUAGAAGGAACUUUAACACUCCAUACCUUCUUCCAUACCGCGCGACCCUGUUCUGA